AUGAAAGUAUUUCAAAAACCAAAACAUAAAAAACCUGCUAUUUGAAGCAAAGUCAAUAGUUCCGACACAAAUCAAGAUUUUGGGAAGAGACACUCUUUACAUUAUUGAAGAGAGUGAAAAGGGAACUGAUUUGCUUGUUUAUGACACUGAAAAUGACAAAAAAGAAGCAAAAAGUUUGAAAACUUCAAUACAUUUAAAUAA